AUGGGUAUCGGCGAAGCUAGCGUUGUUCAGGAUUAUAAAGACUCCUUGAAGCAAAAAGCUGAACACUUAAUAAUUAAAGAAUUUCCUGAGAAAAUAGUUAAAUUAAAUGAGUUGUUGGAAACGUCAAACUUUCAAAAUCGUGAUUUAGCAGAUGUCCAUCAGGACUUAAACAUUCCAGUACCACCACCCAUUUCUACCUUAAAUGAACCAAAUGCAAAACGCCAGAGAGUGGAUUCAUCAGAAGCCUCCAGCAACACAACUAUAGAUGGGACACGAGUUUAUGCCUUGCCCAAUGGGACUGUACCAUGUAAUAAACCACUUAGUGAUCUUAUUCAUCUUGUUAAACCUCACAUUAGAGAGCUGGUUGAAGACUCCAAUUUGCUAAAAAUGUGGAUUUCAUUUAUGAUUCCUAAAAUUGAAGAUGGAAACAACUUUGGUGUAUCAAUACAAGAGGACACACUUGCUGAGAUUCAGUCUGUAGAAUCGGAAGCUGCUGCAUUUUUUGAUCAAAUCUCACGAUAUUUUAUUUCAAGGGCAAAAAUUGUAUCAAAAGUUGCAAAAUACCCGCAUAUUGAUGACUACAGAAGAGCUGUGAGAGAACUAGAUGAAAAAGAAUACCUAUCACUGUGGUUGGUUAUGUGUGAAAUCCGUAAUCGUUACUGCUCUUUGCAUGAUAUUGUCAUCAAGAACUUGGAGAAAAUCAAGAAACCCCGCUCAUCUAAUGCUGAUUCACUAUAU